AUGACCACAGAACAUGAUAACGGGAUUAAGUGUAUUUUUGCAUGGCCAGGAAUAGAUGAAUAUCUAAGCGCAAGAUACCUCGAGUAUAACAUUAGCAAAGAUGUGGUGGAGGGUGGUGGUGUUUGGGCUUUAGAGAAUGUAUCCGGGAUUGGUAUUGAGUUUGAGAAGCUUAGGAUGCGUAUUACGAUGGAAGAGAAGGUCAAGAUGAUGAAGGAGCUGGGAGCAGUCUUCUACCCAGACCCGAGAGACUGUCCAUCACUUGCAGACCUGUAUCCUGCGCGCGAUGUGUAUCCCAAGACACCUAUUGGGCGGACUAUAAAUGGUUAA